CAAGAGCAGCUUCACACCAUGUUUGUUUCGGCUCUGCUCACCUAUAUUGUGCUGAGCGCAUUCAGUGCUCAAGCAAAAGUGAUGAAAGAUGAUGAAGACUUUGAUUGUAAAGCAUUUUUCUAUGCAGUCACAGAACCAGGGGGAAUGGAUCAGAAUGCCAAGAAGAUCUGUCAGUGGACAGCAAACUUUGGUCCUCAUUACGCUACGCUGUACUCGGUUCAUCACAGGAUUCCUCUCUACAGCGCCUACAGAUUUGACCCUGACUGCUUCACCGACAGUGGAAGGCUAAGCUACUGGCAUUUAGAGCCACAGCUUACAGAAGAUCGAAAUGAACACUUUAUGGUCCGUGAAAAUCAACGUUAUAAAAACGCUUAUAAAGGAAAUCAAGCCACCAGCGAUGACUACAGUGAAACGGGAUAUGAUCGUGGACACUUGAACCCCAACAGCUUCCAGUGCGGUGAAGGCCGAAUAGCAACAUUUGCGCUGACCAACGCAGCCCCUAUGGAUGCGUGCUUCAACCGUAACCAGUGGGGAAAGUGGGAGAAAACCUUGAGGACUUUUUUAAGAGACACACUUACAAGUGACGGCGGUUCUGCUACAGCCUACAUCGUCACCGGUACAGUACCAGAUCCGAAUCUACGGAUACCGCAAAGCGAAAUCUCUGAAGAUCCAGAAAGGGUGACGGUGCCCUCUCACAUCUGGACAGCCGUCUGCUAUAAGCACCACUCUGAUAACAGAAAGUUUUUCUCCUUCGGCUAUAUGGGGGAAAACAAGCCAGAAGGCAGCAUAAACCUGAUGAGCGUCUCAGACCUGAACACGCAAAUAAAAAAUCUCUAUGGUCAGAACUCAGAAAUUAGCAUUUUUGUGGGUGAUUGUUUUCAUGACAAUAAUAAAUUAGAUUGGGUCAAAGUCAAAUUUCAGAAAUUAAUCAAUCAACAAAUCAAGGAGAAACAAGGAGACCAAAUCAUGAGCUCAGACAUGCAAAGCACAUAUGUCGGGUUGAAAAGGGCUGCCGACGCUAACGUCGUAUCUGAAAAGAAAUUCAAGGUGAGUCAGAUGAUCAUAAAAUUAGCCUUUGACAGCAUAAGCACUUACUACAAUGCAGUAAAGGAUCUGAUGAUUUUUGCUGGAAGCGCUUGUCUUAUAACUAACAUGAAACCACUAGUGAGGAGUGGCAUUGGAAAAAGGGAUGUAUCAGGGGUGUCGGAUGCUGUCGAGUGCCUGCUGGUCCCAGAGAAACAGACUGCAGCUGAUGGAUCGCCCUGCUCGAGAUUCUUCGACUCUGUAUACAACUGUCAAUGUACAAUAGAUGGUGAAAUCAAGUCGUGCUGCUCCACUCCCUGCCUGUACCAGGAAAAUCUCAACUCCUACAGGUGUUACUCAGGACAGACGCAGAUCGAGUGCUCUCCCCGGUACUCGCUCAUUACUUAUACAGGAGAGAAGUGCUUGGAUGAUCACCCGUGCGCAACGUACGGCUACGACUACUACUGGUGUAAGAAAAUCUCUGGCGGCUGGGACUACUGCAGCCCUCCGCUGUGGAGAAGUAAAGCUAAAAACGGGAAGAACUGCCGCAGUGACCAUGCCUGUGCCAAAUAUGGAUCAGGAAGUAUGUGGUGCUACACGGACAAUGAAGGAAGUUAUGCCGACUGCUGCACUUCUGACGACUGCUACUCAGCUGUGGAUGGUAAAACCUGCAGGUCUGAUCACAACUGUGGCUACCAUGGGGAAGAUUACCUGUGGUGCUACACAGACUAUCAAGACAACUGGGAUUACUGUUGCAAAUCAUGUUGGUGAUAGUUGGUUUACAAUGUGUGGUAUGAUUAUAACUGAAGCAGGAAUUUGCAUAAUUGUACUAUGAGCUCUUACCAACCUACAAACCAUCUAACAUAAAAAUAGUCUCAUAUGUGCUUCUGAAAUUAACAGCAG